AUGUCAUCCUCAACAUCUCAGCUCAACGUGAGCUUCGCCAUUACGCGGAUAAGAGUCCUGGUGGUGCUCUUCCUGGCCAUCACGUGGCUGAUCGCCAGCAUCCUGCAUGACUACACGCCCACGAUCAAGCAGCACGUCAAGACGCGGCUAGGCGAGGCGCGGCAGAAGAUCCCCAAGGUCAAGAUCGACUGGCACGUUGCGCCCGACUCGGACCCGCGCGACCGGUACAACGCGUCCAAGGUGGCGCUGCUGAUCGAGCCGCGCCCCGUGCCGCACCUGGUGCCGCAGAUCCUGCACAUGAUCUCGGUGGUGCCGCCGGACUGGCGAUUUUUAUUUGUCGGGUCCAACCGGUCCGUCGUGAGCGUCGCCCGCAGCUACGCCACCCGCCACCAGCAGGCCGUCGGCAAGCUGGACCUCAUGGUCCUGCCGGACCCCUGGGAGAUCGACAGCAAGGAGAGCGUCCACCGCCUGCUGACUGAUGUUCGGUUUUAUGACGAGUUCCUGCCCGGCGUCGAGUGGAUCCUCAAGUACGAGUAUGAUAGCAUCCUGUGCGCCAACUCAGGCACGAGCUUGAAUGAGUGGCUGCAUUGGGAUUGGGCGGGCGCGCCGCGGACGGCAGACGACCACUUCUCGGGCAAUGGCGGCCUGUCGAUCCGGCGCGUAUCGGCCAUCAAGCGCGUGCUCAAGUUCCAGGAGCGCUACAACGACACCGCCCCCGAAGACGAGUGGUUCGGCACGCGCGUGUGGGUGCUCCCGGGCGCCAACGUGGCCUCUGGUGAGACAGGCCAGCUGGCCGUCGAGGACACCUACAUCCCCAACGCCAUGGGCUUCCACGUCCGCGACGGCGGGCAAGGGCUGGCCGGAGCCAUGAUGUGGCGAGACCGCGAGCGGCGCAGGGAGGUUUUUGAAUAUUGUCCUGAGUUGAGUCUUAUUAUGGACAUGAAGCUCGAGGUCGAGCGCUGCGACGGCGAUAAUGGCGAUGGCACCAUGACGAUUCCGGAGGUGGCGGCUGCGGCUGCUGGGGUCUCGUCUGAGGAGCAGCCGCCGUCUUGA